UCAAAUAGCAGCCCUCACUAUUCUCUAUUCUCUUAUGCUGCCUCAUUUCUCUUCAUAGCACUGAUUACCACUUCACACAUUUCUAUUUGUCUACUUGUUUGUCAUCACUCCUUCCCUAUUCCAUGAGAACAGGGACUUGUUUUGUUCAUUGCUAUAUCCCCAGUGUCUAGAGUAGUGCCUGGCACAUGGUAGGCAUGUAAUAAAUACUUGUUGAAUGAAUGGACAGAUGAAUGAGAAAAUUACCAUGUCCUUUAUCUCUUAAACUAGGUCCUAAGCACCUUAAGGGCAGGUCCCCCCACUUUAUCAUAUUUGUGCCCCAGCGUGAACACUUAUGAACACUGACAAUAUAUGUACAGUGAUCAAAACAAUUUGUAAGUAUCAUGUAGAAACCAAUUUAGCCAAGCACCAUGGAAUAGGGAUUGGAAACACUGGAAUUCAAAAGAGCAGAGUUCCCAACCAGGCUGCCACUAAGGAGCUGUGUGGUCUGGAACAAACAGUCCAUAUGGGCCUCUGUUUUCUCAUCUGUAAAGGCAAGUCUUGGACUAGAUUUUGAAAUCCCGUUCAGCCUUGAUAUUCUGUGGUUGUAAAUUUAGGGCAAUUGCACAUUCCUCUGACAAACAUUUGCGGAGCUAAGUUUCAGGCACUAAUGGAAAAAACAAGAACCUCUCAAGAGUUCCCGGACUGAAGGAACAAAAUAGGGUCAGCUUGGCUGCAAUAAGAGCUGAGCCUUUUAUUUUUUUAAUUAAACUAUAGUUGACUUACAAUAUUGUAUUACUUUCAAAUGUAUAGCAAAGUGGUUCAGUUAUAUAUUUUUCCAGAUUCUUUCCAUCAUAGGUUAUUACAAGAUAUUGAAUAUAUAGUUCCUUGUGCUAUACAGUAGGUCCUUGUUGAUUAUCUAUUUUAUAUAUAGUGGUGUGUAUCUGUUAAUCCCAUACUCCUAAUUUAUCCCUCCCUCCCCUUUCCCCUUUGGUAACCGUAAGUUUUUUUCCUAUGUUUGUGAGUCUGUUCCUGUUUUAUAAAUAAGUUCGUUUGUAUUCUUUUUUAGAUUCUACAUAUAAGUGAUAUCAUAUAAUAUUUGUCUUUCUCGGUCUGACUUCACUUAGUAUGAUAAUCUCUAGGUCCAUCCAUGUUGCUGCAAAAGGAUUAUUUUGUUCUUUUUUUAGGGCUGAGUAGUAUUCUAUUGUAUAUAUGUACCACAUCUUCUUUAUCCAUUCAUCUGUUGAUGGAUACUUAGGUUGCUUCCACAUCUUGCCUGUUGCAAAUAAUGCUGCUAUGAACAUGGUGGUGCACAUGUCUUUUCAAAUUAGAGUUUUCAUCUUUUCCGGAUAUAUGCCCAGGAGCAGGAUUGCUGGAUCAUAGGUAGCUCUAUUUUUAGUUUGUUUUUUUUUAUAAAUUUAUUUAUUUUUGGCUGCGUUGGGUCUUCCUUGCUGUGUGCGGGCUUUCUCUAGUUGUGGCGAGUGGGGGCUACUCUUCGUUGUGGUGUGUGGGCUUCUCACUGCGGUGGCUUCUCGUUGCAGAGCACGGGCUCUAGGCGCGCGGGCUUCAGUAGUUGUGGCACCCAGGCUCAGUAGUUGUGGCUCACGGGCUUUAGAGUGCAAGCUCAGUAGUUGUGGCGCACAACAUAGUUGUUCUGCGGCAUGUGGUUUAGUUGUUUUGCGGGGCUUAGUUGUUCUGCGGCAUGUGGGAUCUUCCUGGACCAGGGGUCAAACCUGUGCCCCCUGCAUUGGCACGUGGAUUCUUAACCAGUGAGCCAGCAGGGAAGUCCCUAUUUUUAGUUUUUUAAGGAACCUCCAUACUUUUUUCCAUUAUGGCUAUGCCAAUUUACAUUCCCACCAACAGUGUAGGAGGGUUCCCUUUUCUCUACACCCUCUCCAGCAUUUAUUGUUUGUAGGCUUUUUAAUGAUGGCCAUUCUGAUCGAAGUGAGGUGAUACCUUACUGUAUUAAUAGUUUGGGGAGACUUCCCUGGUGAUCCAGUGGGUAGGACUCCGUGCUCCCAAUGCAGGGAGCCUGGGUUCGAUCCCUGGUCAGGGAACUAGAUCCUGCAUGCAUGCCCCAACUAAGAGUCCACAUACCACAACUAAGAAGUCUGCAUGCUGCACCUAAGAGAUUCUGCAUGCAGCCAAAGUAAAUAAAUAUUUUAAAAUAAGUAAAAUAAAUAGUUUUGACUUGCAUUUCUCUAAUAAUUAGCUAUGUUAAGCAUCUUUUCAUGUGCCUGUUAGCCAUCAGUAUGUCUUCUUUGGAGAAAUGACUAUUUAGGUCUUCUGCCCAUUUUUUGAUUGGGUUUUUUGGUUUUUUUUGAUAUUGAGUUGUAUGUGCCGUUUGUAUAUUUUGGAAAUUAAGCCUGUGUCGGUCACAUCGUUUGCAAAUAUUUUCUCCCAUUCGGUAGGUUUUUUUCCUUUUGUUUAUGGUUUCCUUUGCUGUGCAGAAGCUUCUAAGUUUGAUUAAGUCCCAUUUGUUAAUUUUUGGCUUUAUUUCUUUUGCCUUGGGAGACUGAUCUAAGAAAAUAUCGCUACAGUCUAUGUCUGAGAAUGUUUUGCCUACGUUCUCUUCCAGGAGUUUUAUGGUGUCAUGUCUUAUUUAAGUCUUUAAGCCAUUUUGAAUUUAUUUUUGUGUAUGGUGUGAAGAGCUGAGUCUUAAUAAAGAGGCAGAAGCAUGCCCUGGAGUCAAGACUGGGAAGGAUAUUCUAGGCCAAAGAAAUGGCUGUGCAAAGGCAGGAGGCAUGGGGAAUGGGAUAUUUGUAACUACAACCAUACAACUUAUAUUACACAAAGAAUUUUUGAGACAAAACAGCUUUUGUACGCUGAGAAGUAUGCCCUGCAUCCAGCAAAACUAAAGUCUCAGCCAGGAAAACAUUCACAACUGGAAAACAGCCAGGUGAGGAAUGCCACAACCUAAACUGUUCACAUUUAGGAAAUGACCCGGCCCGUGCCCUCGCUGCUUCCUGUGAGGUCUUUCUUCCCCAACGACCUGGGGCGGCUCCAAGGCCACCUCACACCCGUUUCUACCUCCCUAGCUCACCAUGGGCCCUAGGCUGGGAACAAAGGCGGACCAACCAAUUGCUACUCGGUGGGAUUUGGGUUAAAGGGCAAGGUCUAACCGCAGGUCAGGCGCCCCAAACAGGGCGUGGCGGUUGCCCUUGGCAUGACGCAACCUCCCGGUAGUUGAAGCACCCUUGUUACCAGGCUCGCUGCAGGUGAGGCUGGGGUCUGCUCCCCGCUCACUGGUCCGCAGAGGAGCACUUCUGAGGAACCCCUGUUGCCCAGGCGAGGACGAGAGCCCAUUGGUCGGGACACCUCACAAUACCCCCCCCGCCCCCCCCCCGCGGCCCCCCACCCCCGCGCAUGCAGGUUUGUUCCCAUUGGUUCGCUGCCUGCCUCGGGAGCCCCCUGUGGCCUCCAACCAGGCAGCCUACUUGGCGCCCCGCAGCGAGUGCCCCCAAGCUGACCCUGUUCCCCAUUGGCUGCUCUGGGGGCCGCCGCCAUCUAAUGAGGAGGGGGGCGCAGAGCACCCGAGCACGCCCUCCCUGCGGCGGGAUCUAGCCCUGUAGCCGCGGGACCGGUCAGGGGCCGAAGCUGUGCAAAGGCCGAGAGACCGGCUUCUCGGCGGAGGACACCCGUUCUUCCUCCGGACCUGGUCUGGGUCGCAGCUCGGGCUUCCCGUCGCGGAGCUGUGCAUCUCCAAUCUGGAACCCAACCCGCGAGGCUCCAGUAAGUACGAAGCACCCACGCAGCGUGCGAACCGGCUCAGGGCGGACGGAGAGAGUGUCCCUGCUCCUGUGUAUCCAGUGUGCAUCUCCAUUUACUUAUCCCCUUAAUCGUUUAUCCACCCAUCGUUUAUCGGUUCCUUUAUUUGGCAUUCUGGGUGCACUCGCUGCGCCGCUUGUCCACAUCCUUCUCUCCGACGGUGUUGGGAAAUCCUGUGCCCUGAAGAAUUCGGACUGAGAUCCGAACGGAAGAGUGGUGUAGACGAGGGUGCAACCCCGGAGGGACCAUGUUCUACUAUCCCAGCGUGCUUCAGCGCCACACGGGCUGCUUCGCCACCAUCUGGCUGGCAGCAACGCGCGGCACCCGGUUGGUGAAGCGCGAAUACCUGAAGGUGAACGUGGUGAAGACCUGCGAGGAAAUCCUCAAUUACGUGCUGGUACGAGUGCAGCCCCCGCUGCCAGGUCUGCCGCGGCCCCGCUUCUCCCUUUAUCUCUCAGCCCAGCUCCAGAUCGGCGUCAUUCGGGUCUACGCUCAACAAUGCCAGUACCUUGUAGAGGACAUCCAGCACAUCCUGGAGCGCCUGCACCGGGCCCAGCUGCAGAUGCGCAUUGAUAUGGUGGAGAUUGAACUACCCAGCCUGCUGCUGCCUAAUCACCUGGCCAGGAUGGAGACUCUGGAAGAUGCCCCAGACCCCUUUUUUGGGAUGAUGUCUGUGGAACCCCGACUGCCCAGUCCCUUCAAUAUCCCUCAGAUUCGACACCUCCUAGAGGCUGUGACCCCAGAGAGAGUUCUUGAAGAGAUCCCUCCUGAAGUUCCUAUAGAGCCAGAAAGGAUUCUGGUCACUGCACCGUCUCCCGAGGCCAUCACGCUCCUGGAGGCGGAGCCCAUACGUAUGCUAAAGAUUGAGGGUGAACGGGAGCUCCCAGAGGUCAGCCGCCGAGACUUGGAGCUGCUGAUCGCAGAGGAGGAGGAAGCCAUCUUGUUAGAGGAACGUCGGCUAGAGUACAAAGAGGAGCUCCGGGUCCCAGAGAGGGAGAUCACAAUCCCCCCGCCCUCACCUCUAGCUCUUGCAGAGGUGGAGGAGGCUGCAGAGCCACUUCCGGUUCAGGUCCUGGCCCCCGAGGAGCUGAAGCCACCAGUCUGGGAGCCCGAGGCCCUACUUCCUGAGGUAACUCCCCCGCUGGAGCUGCGUCUGCCAGUCCCACUCAUCCCAGAGCGGAGGAGGCCCCCAGUCGCCCCACCUCCCAGGAUCCCACCUGCUCGCCGCCGCCGCCGCCGGUUAUUAUUCUGGGACCGGGAGACCCAGAUCCCCCGGGAGGAAUUCCGGGAACAAAUGCAAACCAGAGCCCACUGCCGGGAGUGUCCAAUGGUGCAGCCUCCUGAGAGGAUGAUCACGAGCCCCGGAGAGCUGUUCCGAACCCCGACUCACUCUGGCCGGCUACCCCAAGAACUGCUGGCUUUCUGGACCCACUGUGCCCAGCCACUCCCGCCAGCACUCAGGAGGAGGCCGCCCCCGGAGCCCGAGGAAGAGGAAGCCGAGAGGGAGGCGGCAGCUGAGGAGGAAAGGAGAAAGGCUGAAAUUCCGAGCGAUAUCGAGGUCCUGAGGGAGGCCCUGGAGCCCAGUGAGCCCCUCAUGCUGCCUUCAGAGAUCUCCCUAGAAGCAGCUGAGGAGGAGAAGACCCGCAUCAGCCUCGUCCCCCUGGAAGAACGGUGGGCCUGGGCUGAGGCGGAGCAGCUAGAAGCCCCUGCAUUGCCCGUGGUGCCUGAGCUCCCUGAGGUGCCUGUGGAGAUGCCUGUGGAGCUGCCCCCAGAGCCUGAGCUGCUCUCGCUGGAGGCUGUGCACAGGUACAAGGAAGGGUGUGCCUCCAUGGGUGGCCUGGGCUGCAGCCUCAGCUCACAGUUCUUGACCCCCACAGGGCAGUGGCACGGGAGCUGCAGGCCAACAGGGAGCCUGACUUCAGCAGCCUGGUGCCACCUCUCAGUCCCCGCAGGGUGGCCGCCCGGGUCUUCUACCUGCUCCUGGUGCUUGCUGCACAGCAGAUCCUUCGUGUGAAACAAGAGGAGCCAUAUGGGCGCCUCCUCAUCCAGCCAGGGCCCCGAUUCCACUGCGGCUAGAGCCAAUUUACAAAGCUGCCAGGGAACCGGCUACGUUAAAC